AUGUCAGGCAAGUCCACCAACAACGCUCCGAACCUUCAUCAUGCUGCGUUCAUUCCACAACAAGAACCCACUCUCUCUACUGCAUUAAUGCUAGCAGAUUUGGAUGACUUUCUUCCCAUUACACGACAAGAAUGUAUUAAACCUUUUCUCCUAAACAAUUCGAAUAACAACAACACGAAAAACGAGCAUUCCAGUCUUUCAUCCGACUCCCGAAACACCGAUUCCUCCAGCAAUACCAAUGAAGGAGGAGUCGCUUUGGUAGGAGUGGUUGGUGCAUCAUCAAAAACAAGCAACACAAGAAGGACCAAUAGGUCGAAAUUUCAACAGCAAACAACCAACAAUAACACAUUCUCGGAAACAUCAGAACCAAAGAAAAUAGCCAAAAUUGAACUUGCUGAUUGUUUAGCAUGCUCAGGAUGUGUAACUACAGCCGAAAGUGUGCUAGUCAAUCAACAAAGUGUCGAACAAUUUUUGAACGCGUUGAAUGAAAUGAAUUUAUUUUCUCCCUAUUUGACUCAUUGUCAUCAUCGUGAUAACAACAAGGAAAUACCUCUGAAUAUUAAUCUUUCAAGUCUUAGUGACAAACAGAUGCACAGCAAUAUGGGAUUUACAAAUGUUUCAAUGGAAAUUACUAACGAUUCUCGGAAAGAAGAGCACAAAGAUUCUUUGUCUGAAAUUCUCUCCUCAUCCUCAUUCUUGAAGCUACAAAAUAAUGGCAAGAAAGGUACUACCAUUUCUCAUCACGAUGAUGAUACUGCUCAUACGUUGAAAAAACAAACUCUAUUCUUUAUGACCAUUUCACAACAGAGUGCAGCUUCCUUGGCAUCGUAUUAUCAAUGUGAAUCUGUGAGAGAUUGUCUCAAUAGACUUUCCUAUCUUUUCAAAACUAGGCUAGGUGCCAUUGCUGUUUUUGAAUGCUCUUCUUUGGCAAGAAUGGCUUCACAUUUGGAACUUUGUGAAGACUUUGUGAGACGAUACAGAGAAGGAAAUUCCAAAUUACCACUAUUCGCUAGUUCAUGCCCUGGUUGGAUAUGUUAUGCAGAAAAGACACAUCCUGAAAUUUUACCACACAUUUCAACUGUUAAAUCUCCACAACAAAUUAUGGGAACAUUUGUCAAGAAGUUUAUUAAGCACCAUAUUUCCGCAAGGUAUCACAUUGAUGAUUUUAAUAUUUAUCACACAACAGUCAUGCCAUGCUUUGAUAAGAAACUUGAAGCAAGUCGUCCAGAUUUUACGAAUGAUCCUUUCGAUAAGGUUGAUAUGGUCUUGACGAGUAGUGAAAUCACAGAACUCUUGAAAAAACAAUUCCAAAUUGAUAGCCCACAAGAUUUUUACUCCCUUUCUCAAUUUGAUUCGAAUGAUCUUGCCUUGGAUAAUGUGUUUGAUGUUUUACAAAGUUCACAAAGCAGCAUGUUAAACGAUAAUAUUUAUAUGGAAACAAGCAAUGACAUGUUGGACCUUUCUCUUCUCGAAUGGUUGAGCAGCGAAAGUGACGCCACAGGUUCAGGAGGAUAUUGUGAAAUUUUGUUUAAAUAUGCUGCAAAAAAACUAUUCAACAUUGAUAUUAGAAAUUCAAUACUCAAAUUUGAAAGUAAGAGAAAUAGUGACUAUAGAGAAGUUGUUCUCUAUGAUCCAAACACGACCGAUCAAAAUCAGAAAGUUCUCUUGAAAUUUGUCAUUGCGAAUGGAUUUAGAAAUAUUCAAAAUUUGGUGAGAAGAAUGAAACAAAGCACAGAUUUAUCUGACGCAUUCCAUUUUGUGGAAGUCAUGGCAUGCCCUAUUGGAUGUCUUAACGGAGGUGGACAAGUGAAAGCAAAAACACCUCAAUUAUUGACGCAAUUACCACAUACAUCCAUGAUGAACGAUAAAACAAGCUCUGCACCAUUAGAUCAACAAGAUUUGUCACUCACCACCACCCUCACACCCAAACAACAUUUAUCUCAAACAGAGAGACUUUAUCGAGAUGAUAUAUCUCAUUUGAAAAUUUCAUCUCAAAAAGACUCAAGAUCUAAAAUGUAUUUAGCAUGGUUGUAUAAUACAUGGAUUCAAGGAGGCGUUGGCUCACUCCAAGCUCAGAAAUAUCUCCAUACAACCUAUCAUGCUGUGGAAAAGAUGAACAUGAUUUCAGCCAGUGCUUUGAAGUGGUAA